GAUGUGUUACGUCAUCAACAGAGACUCCACAGACCACUGUGUUGUUCAGUAGAGAUGCUGCACUGUCCAUCGAAAAUUUGAGGAGUACUGGUAUUUGCUACGAAAUAAACGGACUGUAGGCAUAAAGUGGCGUCGUUGAAGAUCCCUUUUCAAGAACUGCUAAGUUACGGGUUGUGUCGCUAAAUGGUUCGUGGACAGAAGGCAGAUAAAGCAUCAUUCCCCUUCGCCUCGGACUCAGAUUUUACAGCACAGUCUGCACUCGUGUGCUUGUAAACAGACCCUCACACGUGACAAUGGGAGUUCUGACUCUGUGUUGUUCGUGGAGUACAAAAGGGCUAACGCAGAGCCCUCAAAUAUUAAGUUAAAGGGCGGAAUAAGAGAACUAUGGCGGAAUUAAGUUAUCGGACAGAGGAAGAAUUGUAUGUCGAAUAGGAAAAAAUAACCAAGUUGAAGACCAGGUGCGUGUUUUUUUCCCUGUGCGUCUGAAGGAUUUCUUAUUUACGGUUGCCAUUUGAUAGGCAGCUAAUGUAGCCAGCUAGCACAUCGACGUCCCGUUAAAUUGUCCAUAGACAGAGGAAGUCAUAUCAACAAGCUAACCGUUCAUCUUUUCUAGUGUAAUUUGUUGAUCAGUUGUAGAGUCUGAGACAGUUGCUUCCCACGCUUGUGGCAAUAAUCAUUUUGUCACCGUUGUAAAACUCCAUCAUAGUUUCAGCUAGAUUGUAGCUAGUAGCCUUUUCGCUAUGUCUUUCGCCAUGGAGGAUCCUGUCGAGUCCGGUUGGGUAUCUGUGCGGCCGAAUGUGUUUGACGAAAAGGAGAAACACAAAUUCAUUUUUAUUGUCGCUUGGAAUGACAUUGAAGGAAAGUUUGCCAUUACAUGCCAUGACCGAACGGUGCAGAAAAGGACUGCUCGAGAUUCUUUCAUGGAAGCUGCCAAACGGGAAUUUGAGUCCGAGAAGGCUGCAGUCGAUGAAACAGGGGCUGAAAAUAAACAGCAUCUCUCAACGGAUCGAACGGAAAUUUUCAUUCCCAAGUCGCCAGGGCAGAGCCCAGUGAAGGGGCCUACUGUGGAUCGAACUAAGAGCCAGUCGGUGGAAACUAGGCCAAAAGGCCAGACUAAAGCAAAAGUAUCUCAUGAGGGCUCUACAGUUUCUGACAUCGAGCUCCUCGAGCCAUCUAGUUUGACCGGUGAUAGUCGAUCUUCACCCGACGAGACGGAAGGUUUGGGGGAUUUGGACCGUUUUGUGCGACAGGAUUCCAGCUGGGCCGGCCUGUUCUCAUUCCAAGACUUCAGAGCGGUCCACCUCCAACUCUGCGCCGUCAACUCGGACUUGGAGCCAUGUCUUCCCACUUUCCCGGAGGAACUUUCAGGAAUGUGGACCGUGUUAUUCGGCGUCCCGGAGUUGACCGAGCGAGAGACGGAGACGCUGUGUUAUCAGCUACAAGUCUACCUGGGCCAUGCCCUGGACACCUGUGGAUGGAAGAUUCUCUCGCAGGUGCUUUUCACUGAUGGAGGAGACCUGGAAGAGUACUAUGAGAGCUUGAGUGAGCUCCGUCAAACGGGGUAUGAGGAUGGUCUUCAGAGAACCAAGAAGCGCCUACAAGAGCUGCUGGACAAGCAGCGCAGCACGGAGAGCAUGGUGGAGCUGCUGGACCUGUAUGCACAGCAGGACGAGGCGUACGGCGAGCUGGUGGAGUCCACGACCGAGCUGUACCACUACCUGCUGCAGCCCUUCAGAGACAUGAGGGAGCUGGCCAUGCUGCGCAGACAGCAGAUCAAGAUCUCCCUUGAGACCGAGUACUUGGGGCCCAGGCGUGUAGAGGGCCUGAAGCACGAAGACGAAGAUUGGCAAAAGAAAGCCCACAGUGCCGCCCUCUCCAUCCAGGACCUCACCGUCAAGUACUUCGAGACCACCGCUCGAGCACAAAAAUUGAUGUACGAGCGCAUGAAGGCGGACCAGCGCAAGUUCGGCAAGGCGGCGUGGACCUCGGCCGUGGAGCGCAUGGAGAAGCUGCAGUACGCCGUCUCCAAGGAGACACUGCAGCUGAUGAGGGCCAAGGAGAUCUGCCUGGAGCAGAAGAAGCACGGCCUUUACGAGGAGAUGCAGGCCCUUCAGGACGGGGAGGAUGCCAUUAGGCACCUUGACCACUUGGAGGCGCUGUACUACGAGCUCCAGCUGCAGCUCUAUGAGGUCCAGUUUGAGAUCCUCAAGUACGAGGAGCUGCUGCUGACCGCACAGCUGCAAAGUCUGCGCAGACAGCUGACAGAGCGUCAGGAUGAGGUGGUGUACUACGACGCGGUGGAGAGCCCGGACGCCAUGCAGGCCACAGAGGACUCGGCAACGCCAGGCCCCGCCCCCAGAGACGACUUCACCAAACUGCAGCUGAAGACCCGGCAGCUGGAGGCCAGGAGAGGACGAAUCACCGCCAAGAAAGCCUAUCUCAGAAACAAGAAGGAAAUUUGUAUUGUCAACUACAACCAGAAGCUCCAGCAGCACAACAAAGAAGAGGUCAGCUACAGCACACAGCACGGCCUUUGCCAGCACCAAGAUGAGGAAGAUGAGCUCAGGAAUACGAGAGUCAAGCAGGAGAGGCAGAAGACCUUGGAACGCCUGCGCAGCUUCAAACAGCGUUACCCCGGCCAGGUGACCCUGAAGUGCCAGAGGCUGCGUCAGGCCCAUCAGGCCCGGAGGAAGGCGGGGGGCCCUCAGCCCCUCACCCCCACAGAGCCCCCUGCAGGCCUGGAGCUGAAGGCCACCAAGACACAGGUGGCCUGCGUGCAGACGGACGACUGUGGUGCCUCCUCCCUGGUCCUUCCAGAAGCUUCCUCUCCUCCCUGCAGCGUCGGCUUCCUGUCCUUACCUGUGGUCAAGGACGCGGCCACCGCUCCCCUGUCACCUCUGUCCCCUCCCCCGCCACCGCCGCCACCACCCCCGCCAUCAUUCAGUGAGGACGUAGGAAGCAGGGAGGCCAAAGAUGGAGCAGGAGGCCAGGUGAAGACCAAGGAGUCUUCGUCAGGCGGCGACUCCCUCCCCUCUCUGGGGCCCGUCACCGGCCGCUACUUUGACAGCAGCCAGCUCCUCAACGCUCGCCGCAAACUCAGGAAGACCACUUCCCUGGAGGCGUCCCAUUGGAGGAGAGAGAGCUCCCCUAUGGACGAGGUGCUGGCCUCGCUGAAGCGGGGAAGCUUCCACCUGCGCAAGGCCGAGCUGCGCGUGCUGGCCCCCGACCCGAACAUGGACGACAGCAGCAACAUCCUGGCCCAGAUCCGCAAGGGCGUCAAGCUGCGGAAGGUUCCGGACGGCAGCGGCACCCGGAGUGGCGCGGCGCUGGACAACUGCGACCCGCUGACGCGCAGCAUCCACGAAGCCCUGCGCCGCAUCAAGGAGGCCUCGCCAGAGUCCGAGUCCGAAGACGAGGGGAUGCCCUGCGCCGACUGGGAAAGCUAGGGGGCUCACGCAAUGCAACAGCAACACAAUGCAAUGCAAACAUACAAAAACAAAACAAAAACACGAAGGUUAUGUGUAUAACCACGGUUCUGUACGUUUCGGAUGACCGCCAGAGGUGUUGCUUUCAUUACAUGUGAUGGACAUCCAUGUGCUGAAAGCGCCACGUCUGGCGGUCAGGAGACUGAAACGAAAUAGAAACAAAUACCCCUUCCCUUAUCUCGAGGUAUAGGGUAACAAAAUGCACACCCUUUUUUCCCUACGUACAGAUACCAGGGAAAGAAAGGACUCCACAUAAUUACUGUUUUAAAAAAACAUGUAUAGGCUUAAAAAAUCAUGUUACGCGUUUGAUGUGAUAACUUGCACACUUUUAACAGACCUGUUAACUUCCUCUUUCCUUCUCUCUUAUGUCUGAAGAUUCCAAAAUGUUGUCAGGCUUGCAGGUCGCUGAGAGGUUAAUAAAUACAAAUAAAAAAACAAGUGACUUACCUUUAACCAGUAAAGCCGGGUUCACACUGCAGGGUUUACAUAGAGUUUCAUAGAUAGCAGAUAUUGAAGAUUUCAGCUAUGUUCACACUAUGUGAUAUGUGCUGUUUUUUUAUCAGGAAGGCCAGUGCACAAGCCAGAAGACUGAUCCGUGACCUGGUUGUGCACACAAUGAAGGGUCGUUUGUAGUUCACACAAGUAGUGUCGCUCAUGAUAAAAAAUGUUCAUGCAACUGUAAGUUGUUUUCACAACCUUAAAAUAAUGUUUCUAAAAUCAUUUCAGUGGAUCAUCAGCUUGCAACUGUGUGAAAGCCUAGAGCUGCAUUGAAGUAAAUUUGAAGGAGCCGACCAUCUGUCUUUACUUUGAAUGAAAGAUGGUACCACUUUUAAGUUCUUGCCAGUAUGAAAAGGAAAAAAAAUAAAAUAAAAUAUUAUUGCUCAAUGUUGCUUUAACAGAAUACAGAACUUUCAGCUGUUUUCUGAUAGGAGAAAAAGACAUUGCGCAGUGAUGCCUUGGGCCCUUUUGAAAAUGCCACUUUUGAUUGGCUGUUUUGCUAGGUCAUGUAUGAUUUCUCUCCAGAUAUCUAGCAGGCUAGAUAUCUGAUCCUGGAUGUUGAUGACCUCAUUGGUCUCUAAUGGCAUCUGGUGGUAAAUCAUGACUUGAGUCUUGUUGUGGCUGAUAUUCUUAUCCACCUCAAAUCCAAGGCUUUUGUCUGCAAGUAUCAGACAUCGCAACCUUAAAGUGGUGGUGAAGAUCCUGUGGUGUGGGCUUGGCUUAAAAAAGGAGACUGCACACACAUUAAUAUUUUAACACAUCAAAAAGCUUCUGAUAAAUUCCAUUGAUGACAUUCAAAACAUACAAAUGUACAAAACAUGUCAGUUGAUGUUUUUGAACCCAUGCACAUCGACCUUUGAGAAUGAACUGUACCCCGCUCUACGACACAUUAUUUUAGGUUUCAUUUCAUUUUUCACAAAGACAGAACACUUUAAAAGCAUUCCCUCUUAAAAUGCAGGGAUCAUGUUGAUUUCACCAUUAGGCCAUCAUUCAUACGUUUGCAAUACCAAUAUCUUCUUAUUUCUAAAAAUCACUUUUAAAUAAUACAUUUUCUUCAAUCUUGUUUUGCACAAUCUGUUUUUACAAAGAUUAUGAAAAUUACACAAUGCAGUGAAAGCUCUCUUUAUUUUUGAUGUCCCUGGAAAUGUUGCAGAGAUUACAGAAAUUACAUUAAUAUUGCAAAAUAUAUGAACUAUUCAAUGCACUUAACUGAUGUCACUUACGUUGGCUGCUUUUUCAAAUGUUCAGUUGUUAUAUUUUGGCGCGCCAGUGUGAUGCUUUUUAUGAAGCUUCAAAUUACAGGCUGAUCUCGGCCUUUCACUGUUACUGUCCACUCCAGACACACUUUAAAGAGGCACUACGCAAGUUAACAAAUCAUCUUCAUGACACAGUUGAUGGCUAAAUCAAUCCCUAGUUUAUACAUGAAGAACCGCUCUUUUAUCACCUAGCUAAAAUAAUCAAAUACGGUUUUGUCUUCAAUGGCAAGGAGAAAGAAUAACGAGUGCUGUAUAGUCUUCUCUCCAGGUUGGAGGAGUGCAUCUGGCUAUUCCGGCGUCCUAGACUUCUGAAUCAUAUCCAAAGUACUCUCCUUUGAGUCAAGGUAGUUGAAGUAUUUAUAAACCCUUUAUUUUACAUCGGGACAAACACUGUUAAAAACUUCAACCAGUUUCAGCUGUCUGGCCUUCAUCAGGGCGUGGUUAACAAAAUGUUUUGCCUUUUUUGCCCCAAUUCCUUUUUCAUGAUGUUGGACGAAUUGCCUAUACAUUCUGCUGAGCAGAUACUGUUUUCCCCCGAAAGGAUGAUUGCCCAUGUCUAGAGUCAAAUUGUAUGGAGAAGAUUGAGGCAAAAAAACAAACAAACCCAAAAGCGCCUGACGGAUGAAUGACUGGAAAUUAUUUUAGCGUGGUGAGGUUUUUCUGUCAGGUACCAAUAGCCUGACAAGUCACAGAACAUUUAAGCUUAUGGUAAACAUUUUACAGCACUAAUCCGCCGCAAACCAAAAGUUGCGUAGUGUCAUCUUUUUAAAAUGUGGUCUGAUUUAUGUGGAUCUGGUCACAUAAGUGAAUGGAAAACUGAUUUGGAGACGAAAGCUGUUUCAGUCAGCUGGGCAGGGCUGGGCAAGACAGGGCAAGGAAAGGCCUGGCCAUGCCCAAACUGCCCGAGUCCGUAGUGUUGUGAUGCCACCUGUGCACUGCACGCAAGCUGGAGGAAUUUGUACCCCGUUUGCCUCUCAGUAAAAAUCUGUCCGCAGAUGAAAAGAAAUCCAACAUUCCUCUUGUGGCUAAACAUAGGAAGCAACUGUCUGCUCUGAAAUCCAAUACACGAUGGACAUGAUAUACAUUUAAAAUAUGUUUAAAUUCCUCACAUUACAUUCCAGGGUGGCAGUGUCUCUGCUGCAUUGCACAUUACUUACUGUGGGCACCCACCCUGAUGAAGCGUACAUCGUCAUGCUUAAAGUGUCGAACCCGCACAGUGUUGCGACAAAUUCACACACAUGACUCUCUACAUAGGUUUUAUUUAUUUAUUCCUUUUAUUUAUCCUUUGUUUUGAUAAGGGUAGGCACGUUGAGAGAGAUGUGUCUCUUUCCCAAGCGAUCCUGGGCUGAGAAAAGCAGCACUUUGACAGGAAAAAGAAACAAAAUGACGUUAACAAAAUAACGUAAAAACUCACACAUUUAUAAAUGUACAAAAAAUACAUGCCAAUGUUGAAACAAGUGGGCUUUUUCAGUUCUCUGAACAACCUUUUUACGUGUGAAGCCAAUUACCAGUGUCAUGUUUUAGAUAAGACCCAAGCAUGCUGCAUGUUUACUACAAGUAGAUCCCUGUAGGUCACAAGCCAUCAAUGACCUUUUAGGAAACUGACACAGCAAAUGGCAUGACAGUUUUUUGAUACACAAUGAUGUAUCGAGAGCAGUUUGGUCAGAACCACAAAAGUAUUGACAUUUCAAUGCUCUAACCCUAACGAGUGUAUCCAUCUCUAUAUUUCUAAUGGAAGAUGUGCGAAACAAAGCUCUCCUAAACUGCCACACUGUUGCGACUCCAUCUUAAGUGGUUUUAAACAAUAAUGUUGACAAAAUACCUGUUAGUCUUAACCCACCAACCCCCAACGCCAAAAAACCUGCUUUUCUCUGGGUAGUCGCGUAGUUAGUGCUGCUUUUUCCCUUUUGAAGAUCGUUCACUCCCAUUAACUAAACGGUCCGUAGUCCAUCUAUACUUAAAAGCAUAGAUGGUCGUCCCAAUGCCAGACCAAUAUAUAGGCAAUGCCAUUGGGAAGAGUGCCUUUAUUUUCCGGGCCUAUACGUUUUUAAGGCUAUGUUCUUUCCUAUUCCAUCUUGUUCGUUUGUUUUUUGUUUUGUUUUUUAUUAAUUAUAACACUACUGGGAACUGUAAAAUCCGUUACUAUGCCUGGCUAUCUGAUCUAGUAGCCAAAGCAACACACCUAGAGUUUCCAUGUGACGAAGCAAUGGAUUACCGUACUGUACUGGACUCUACUUGCUUUUCUUUUUUAUUUGUGUAUUUUUCAUGUUUGUGGUGUAUUUAUAGUAUGUUAUUCUCUUACCACCAAGUAUAACCAUGCUGACUCUUUUAUCUCUUUUUGUUUUCUGGUAUGUAUGAUCAAGUUGCUUUAGACAGGAAGGCAGCAGGAGUAAUCACAAUCCAAUGCAUUUUCUCGUAUUCGUAGCCUGUGCAAUUUCCCACUCUGACAUCAGCUCAAGUCUGGGUGAAACGGCACUAUGGUGAUAAACAAAACGCUUAACGCUUAAGAUCUGUGAAAUCCUACUAGUCUUGAAACUUUUAAGUUCAUGGACUUAUAGCUGUUUGCACAGCCUCCUUCACCAUUUCAAUUUUUACUAUCGUGUCCUGUAACGCUUCAGUAUGGGCCAAUGACAAAAAUCACAAAAGUAGAUCUGUCAAAGGAACAUGAAAUAUGGAAAUGUUAGAGAUAACCACACUAUACAUUCUAAAAGAGUAAGACAUGAAAUAUCAGACAUGUGCAUCAAGACGAUGUGAUUUUCCUAUUUUCCUUUUUAUUUUGCUGUUGUCUCUGCCUAUGGCUUUUGCUGGUUCUCUUUUGCACAAAUGUGGGGUUGGACCAAGGCUGUAGUCCAUUUCAACUUCAGUUUUUCAGUACUGGCUUUGAACAUGCAUGUAGUUCUACCCUCUUUUAAACUUUAAAGUCAUCCAACUGCCCUUUUUUUUAAAACAGUAAAGAUUCCUGAGAACACAGAGUGACUCGAUUUGGUCUUAUGCGAUUGGUUGACAGCUUGGGCAUUAGCAAGUAGCAAUUAAGAAAGGGAAAUGGCAAAAGCACUUCAGCGGAGAAACUGCAAUAGCAAAAAAGCAAUGAAGGAAAGCAAUAGGAAAUAACAUUCUUUAUGUAUUACAUUGUCUUUCGUUUACUAUUCUACCUUGAUCAUAUUUAUUUUUCUGUGUACAUUAUUUUUAUGAAUGAAUUUGUCUUACUCCAUUUCCCUGUAACCAGGCUAACAGAGUGAACUGACAUGUACUGUAUGGAACCAAAAAGAGAGAGAUCCAUUUCGAUAUGCCCCACUAUUCAACACCAUUGCCACUUUAAGAGUUCUGGGUGAACCAUAGGAGGCAUUAUGUGUGUUUUGUGUCCUAGCCGUCUCGAGGCACAGAUUCCUCAACCUCUUUUUGAGAGUUACAAACUUUCAAGUCAAUGUUUGUCAGUGUGUCAUAUAUCAUGUGCUUGCUGGUUUUGAGAGGCGGUUUGUUUGUGAGGAGGUACAACCAGCUAGAGCUUAGAGCUCAGAGCUUGCUGCAGGACCAAAGGGGCAAUCAAAAGCUCCUCUGGACUUGCUAUGAGGUCAAUCACAAAGCUAGCGUUCUUAACACCUUUAGCACCGUUGUUUCUCAUUUUUUUGGUUUGCUUUCACGUUUUUUGUUGUUGGUUUUUUUGGUCCUGUUUUUCCCGCUUAACAUGUAUUCCACGUAAAUCAUCGGGAAACACUACAGCUACACUUUUUAACAAGCUAGUAUAUGUAAAAUACUAUAUUAUGAAUACUGAAAAGCCUAUGUUUUUUCAUGUUUAUUGUACUGUACUGAAAAAUAAAAGUUCCAAGACUCCAUAGCAUGAUGGCUUAAA